AUGUUCGAGACCUUCCGCACCGAGCUGGACGAACAUCACGACCGCCGUGAGAGAAUCAUCAAAGCAUCCAGAGACAUCACGGCCCUGAGCAAGAAGAUGAUCUUCUCCCUCCAACGCGUCCGCCAGCUCCAGGCCCCCGCCCCGCCCGCCGUCGCCACGGAAGUCUCCGCCUACGGGGCCAAGAUCUCGGAUCUGUUCUCCUCGCUGGCGCCGGACCUGCGGGAUCUGAACGCCUGGCGCUACCGGGCCCAGAUCGCGUCGGGCGUCCAGGAACACGUCGAGGCCGUCUCCUUCCGGCACUAUUUAGAGACGCAGCGGCUGAUGCCGUUCGAUGAGGCACGGGCGCAGAUGGCGGGGGGCGUCGUGUUGACGGGAGGAGGAUUACGUGCUCGGGCUGUUUGA